UCGCUGGAAGGCUCCAGAGGAUUACCUUUGCUUCCCAGGAGCCCCCUUGAUAUUUGCUUUCCUAUCACAACAUCACACAGCACUCCAGGCAGCCAUGAGCGCAGCGACAGAGGGGAACCAGCAGUUCACGCGGGUCGUGCGGAAGAUUAAGUGCGCGGCGAUGGUCAAUAGCCUGGCCAAGAGCUGGCAGGGCUGGGCCAGCGCCAACACCAGCAAACAGGACACCAUCCCCGCGGGCUGGAUGCCCGACUCCAUCAUCGAGGACGCGGAGAACAAGGAGCAGGUGAUGAGCGAGGUCAAGCUGCUGGUCAGCCCCCGCGUGGUGACCGUGGACGCCAGCGAGGACCCGGGAGAGGGCAUCAUCCGGUCGGCGGCCGUGCCCAAGAGCGUGGCACUGCCGCGGGCCAGCGAGUGCGGCGGCGGCGGCGGCGACUGGGUGAACACCAUGAAGGAGAAGCUCAGCACCAACCAGGUGGCGCCGUCCACCGACGCCAAGACCUUCCUGGGAAACGAGUCGCCCACCAGGAGACGCUUCUGCGGGUCCAAGGCAGCGACGAGGACGGCCGGCGGGCAGGCGGGCAAGGAGGAGCGGAAGCUGAGCUCACGCAGCAGCAGCCUGGACACAGAGGACAGCGGCCUCGGGGAGGACACGGCCCUCAGUGACCAUAGCGACCAGAACGAGGCUGACCAGAAGAAGAAACCCGUGGCCAGACCCAAGAUUAGGGUGAAUACUAUGUCGGACAUCAAGAACAAGUGGCAGAAGUGGUCUCAGAGCCACGUUGAGAACCAGAAGCUGAACCCCUUCAGCGAGGAGUUUGACUACGAGCACGCCAUGUCCAGCCGCCUGCAGAAGGGCGACGCGGGCUACGGCCGGCCCAAGGAGGGCUCCAAGACGGCCGAGCGCGGCGACCGCGCCCAGAAGCACAUCCACAAGGAGAUGGACGAGAUGUGCUUCAUCAUCCGCGACUUGGGCUCGUGCAUGGGCACGGUGGACAAGAACGGCCACGUCUACGUCACCUUCGGCCGGCUGUUCGACCGCUACGUCAAGAUCUCGGACAAGGUGGUGGGCAUCCUCCUGCGCUGCCGCAAGUACAAGAUGGUGGACUUCGAGGGGGAGAUGCUUUGGAAGGGCCAGGACGACCACGUCAUCAUCACUCUCUUGGAGUGAGCGUUGGCCCCGGGACUGAACUGAGCUGAACUGGACACCUGAACUGACCCACUGACUAACUCUAAGAGCUCUGACUGGUGCUCUGCCCAUUUACACAGCCUGUCGGGCAGCUGGCCAGCUUGGCACGGCCGUACCACAGGGUGGCUACAUAGCCUCCAUGCUAUGCUAACCACAGUAAUCCUUCACCCUAAUCACCCGAUGUUUCUACUGUUAGCAAUACUGUAUUGAAAAAAUAGGCUAAGUGCACAACUGUCUUAUGACAAUUGUGAAAUAUGUGAAAUAGAGCGUAUUUUUAUUGAAAAAAAAAAUGGUCAGUUUUUUUUUGCCAUUUGUAUUUCAUUGGUAGGCCAACAUUCUGUUUUCAUAGUCACCACCCUUCAAGACAACUUAUGUUCAAGACAACACCUUUGUUUACAGUCACCUCACAGUAGGCCUAAUGUUAAGAUUUCUUUCAAAAUGAAAGCUAGCAGACCUUCUUACAGAAGAACAUUUUAUAUUUAUUAGAAAAUGUAAAUGUCAGUGUUUUGUGUUUAUUCUUCUUUAAACAAAUGGCGGGUGUAAUUUCCUCUAACAGCUCAAUGCUAUUCUCAAAGCUUUGGUUUGUGACAGGAAAUAAAGUCUCCUUGCCAAAGA